UUGUACUAACAUGCUCGAGUUUUUCUUGCGCUGCGGGUGCAGUUAACGCAGAUCGCCAGUCGCCACGUUGGAAGCGUUGACGGGGGUAAAUAAGUUUUAUCUGACGUUAGCGAAAUUAUAAGGAAUAGUCACACUGACUGCAACAAAAGAUUCAGAAUGAAGGUGAAGGAGCUAUUACGUACAGUAAACGUGGCAUGGUCACCACUUGCCCAACAUCCCAUAUUAUUAGCAGCGGGGACUGCUGCACAGCAGCUAGAUGCAAGCUUUAGCACGUCAGCUAGCCUAGAUUUGUAUGCCCUUGGAUUACAAGACCCGGGCUAUGAAAUGGAACUCAAAGCCUCAAUAUCUAGCGAUAACAGGUAUCAUAAGAUCAUCUGGGGAUCCUAUGGUAAUAAUCCUGCUGGUAUAAUAGUUGGAGGCUGCGAUUAUGGAACUAUAAAAAUUUAUUCAGCUGCUAAGAUGCUUGCCAAUGAAAACAACUGUAUUCUCAGUAGCCCUGAUAAGCAUACUGGGCCUGUCCGAGCAAUGGACUUCAAUCCUUUUCAAUCGAACUUAUUGGCCACAGGAGCAACUGAAAGUGAAAUUUACAUCUGGGAUCUGGUCAAUACUGGCACUCCAAUGACUCCUGGAACUCGAAGUCAACCAUUAGAAGAUGUUCAAUAUAUUGCAUGGAAUAAACAAGUGCAACAUAUUCUUGCCUCAACCUUUUCCCAGAGAUGUGUGAUUUGGGACUUACGUAAAAACGAGCCUAUAAUAAAACUGAGUGAUGCAAAUUCGCGGGUACGAUGGAAAGUGGUACAAUGGCAUCCGGAGGUUGCAACGCAGUUGUGUCUUGCAUCUGAGGACGACCAGACUCCAAUCAUCCAAUUGUGGGAUCUAAGAUUUGCUACAUCACCUUUAAAAACCCUCGAAGGUCAUCAAAGAGGAGUUCUUUCAAUUGCUUGGAAUUUACAUGAUCCUGAUCUUCUCAUCAGUUGUGCUAAGGACAAUAGAAUACUUUGUUGGAACCCAAAUUCUACUGCGACUAAUGGAGAGAUACUUUGUGAGCUCGCCCAAACAAAUCAGUGGAACUUCGACGUCUCGUGGUGUCCGCGAAACCCUGCGCUAGUGGUUGGGAGUAGCUUUGAUGGCCAUGCAGUAGUCUAUUCCCUGUUGGGAGGUCAGCAGCAACCGUCUGCUGAGACAACGAACAAAAUCGCCGACUCAUUCCCAGGAAUGGAUUCCUUUGCACAAGCUCCACCCAUUGCACAUACUGAAUCUGCAGUCGAUUUGAAACGAGCCCCUAAGUGGCUGAAGAGGCCUGUCGGAGCUUCAUUUGGAUUUGGUGGAAAACUUAUAUUUUUUGAAAAUGAAAUACCAAAUUCUAAUGCACCAAACACAAAUGGUAGAGUCAUUGUAUCCCAAGUUAUUACUAAUCCGGAACUGAUUCACCGAUCAAACCACCUUGAAGCAGCACUUCAAAAUGGGCAAUUCGGUGACUUUUGCAAGGGCAAAGCUGAUACUGCAAAUGAUGAACACAGUCGUAAGGUGUGGAAUUGUUUGGGUGCUCAUUUUGGGGAUAACGUCACUCGAGAUGUACUAGAAUUAUUAGGAUACAGUUCACAUUUAAUUCACACGAAGCUCAGCAAAUUUAUACCUGAAGAUCCAGAAGAAAUCUGCUCGGAAGUAGGGCUGAAAUUGAAUAAUGUUCCUAAUGGCAAUACUAUUGACGGAAGUGCAGCGUUUGAUGCAAUUGCUCAACAAGAACAAAUUAGACAGUCUCCAGUUUCAGUCAAGCCUACAGAAAACAAUUUUAAAAUAAACACAGGAGAUGAUGAAGAAGGACUCAUCACUCAGGCUAUUUUGCUCGGUAACAUCGAAGCUGCUGUAUCUCUUUGCUUCUCGAAUAAAAGAUACGCAGACGCCGUUAUUCUAUCGAUGGCGGGCGGAGCCGAUUUGCUAGCUAAAACUCAAUAUAGAUAUUUCUCGGAGCAUUCAAGCGCUCUUAACUCUCUUAUUAAUUCACUGGUUAGUGAAGAUUGGGGUGAUAUUAUCAACAAUUGUGAUAUCAAAUGUUGGAAAGAGGCACUAGUUGGAGUUUUCACACAUUCAAAUCCGGAAGAACGCACAGCACUUUGCGAUGCACUUGGGGACCGAUUGGCAUCCAGUGAUGAUCCAUUACUGAAACGAGAGUCCCAGUUAUGUUAUAUUUGUUCAGGAAAUCUGAAUAAAAUGAUCCAAGUAUCGGAAGAAGAUGUUCAAGAAGUUGCAGAGUUGGUAACUAUAAUGCAAAAGGUCUUGGAAUCACAAGGUGUAAGAGAUGUACAGAUAGAAGGGAACAUCGCAGACCUAUUGUCUCGAUAUGGAGAAAUGUUGGCUGCUGAAGGAAAUCUUGAAGCAGCUUUGAUCUAUCUUGGCAACAGUCAAGAGACGAAAAUUUCAGCAUUAAGAGAUCGCCUUUGUAGAGCUUUGGGGUAUAUACAACAGAAUACUCAGCAAGCCAAACCUCGACCAUCGAUACCUAAUCCACAAAACUAUUACAAUCAAUCCAGAAAAUCACAACAACCCGUGGUACCUCAGCAAACAGCCUAUGAUCCCGCACGUACAGUUUUAUCACAGAACAAUUGGAAUACAACGCCUACAAAACAAUCAUAUGGACCUAGCACUAAUCAAUUUGGUGGUAGCUCACACCCAGGACAAAUUGGGCCAAUACCAACACAACCUGUGCAAUCAACGUUCCCUGACCAGUACGCAGCACAUUCUUAUGGACAAUUACCAGCAGUGCCCGCCGUUCAGCCUCCGCCACCACCUCCCACAAUGGGAUCAAAUCCUACUGGAUCUAGACCGUCCAGCGUUGGUCCACAAUCUCGCUCAAAGUAUAUCCUUGAUCCCUCUGUGAAAACUAGUUCUUUCGGAAGUCCGUAUAACAAUCAAAACUCUUUCGCUCCUGCUCCACAAAUUUAUAACAAUCAGCCACAGUCGCAAGUCACCCCUGCCCAAGGUUUUCCUCCACAAAGCUCCUUCCAAUCGGAAACUGCUAUUCCGCCAAACUUUUAUACCAAUCAGCAGCCACAGCAACAGAAUCCUGUUUACAAUCAUCCUGUGACCGAUAUCUCCAAGUCUUUUCAACCCAACUUAAUGAACACAGUGCAGAAUUCGGCUCAAACAUCGCUGUACAAUCCCACCAGUGCACCACCACCACCGCCACAAGUUUCAACAUUCGGCGCUGAUGUUAGUUAUCAACAUGGCUCGCAACAGUCUGGUUGGAACGACCCCCCAAAUGCCAGUACCACCCGAGCGCAGGCCAAAGCAGACUCAUUCCAGCCCCAAAAUCCAAUCUUACACCCGAUAUUUGGUACUACGCCGCAACAAGAACCGGUACCCAACUUGAUGGCUCCAGAAAGUGUUUACUCCAAUACUCAUGCACAACUACCGUAUGGUCAGCAACAACAAUAUGGACAGCAGCAAGUUUACGGACCACCUCAAAAUAUUCCAUCACAGUUUAACCCACCUCAGGAAGCAGUGCAGACUGUUCAAACUGCAAGAAUCGCAGAACCUGAGAAGCCAAAAGCACUCAUACCAGAGGAACAUGUGCACCUGAAGACUGUACUGGAUGAAGUCAAAACUCAAUGUUACAACAAUGCAAAGAACCCGCAAAUUAAACGAAAAAUAGAAGAAGUUUCUAGGAAAUUAGAAGUCUUGUACGAUUGUCUCCGAGAAAAUAAGUUGUCUCCAAAUACGUUAGCCGCCCUUCACCAAAUGUCGCAAAUGAUACAGAGUGGAAAUUAUACCGGAGGCUUAGCUCUUCAUACACAACUGGUAUCCGGAUCAGACUUUAGUCAAAUCGCCUCAUUCAUGCCCGGGCUGAAAGUAUUGCUGCAAAGUGCCCUACAGCUCGGUGUAUACAUCAGAUAGGCAUGAUCAGGUCUAGUAAAAUUGACAAAUUGGUACGUUCGUUGAUGAUAAAAUGAUAUAUCGAGGGUCAAGGACAUGAUCAUGGAUAGUUUUCAAAGUGACAGUCUUAAUUCUAUAACGAAUAUACAUAAUUAGAAUUCGUUAAACACGAGACUGAUAUCAAAGAUAUGUGACAGGAGAUACGCGAUAUCCUGAAAGAAGUAAAGAAACCGAAUUUAAGGUUUCAUUCUGUAAUAUUUUCUUUAUUUUAUGUCCACUAUUAGUCAUCUUAUAAUUAGCAUGCCGGAACCAUAGCCAAUUCGAAGUAAUUGAUUCACAAAAAUUUAAAUCAUUGGUCGACUCCAAACCUACUAUGUAAAUAUUUAAAGAUUAUUAUUUUGCAAUUAUAGAUAAGCUUGAAACUUCGAUCUGACAAACACAGAAAUAUAACUAACUAUGAACACAAAGGAGCGUACCUAAAGUUUUCAUCCUUACGGUCAGAUGCAGGAAACAUCGAGCCAUUGCAUAAUAUCAUCAUGAAUUUGUAAUACGGUGAAUUUGUAGAUAUCUGAAUUUCAGAAUCUUGAUCAUAAUUGCUGUACAUUGAGUCUAUAAAGUAUCAGCCUCAAGACUAUUAACAUCAACUGUCACAUUUUCACACCAUUGCAGUUCACAGUUCACACCAUUGCAGAUCCGUUAAAGUUCUUUUUUAUUUAGUUUUCCAUAUUCUGGGGAAAUAUAAAAAGUAAGUUAACUAUAAAACCAAUCGACGUUCCAUGAUUCAAUCCAGGUGCUAAUCUACCAAUAAAGUUUACAUCAUAGGUAUAGAUAUAUCUAUGCUUGUACUAUAUUGAUUCAAAAACCUUCCUCUUCUCGGCAUUACUAGUUUGGAAUUCUUUCAGGAAUCACUCGACACUUCAAACUGACACUCAUAAUUUAUUUCUGUGUCUUGCUAAUAAACAUGAAAACGCAAUUCGAGACGCGCACUUGAUUUAAUCUAAGUUGAUUGUUAAUACGAGUGUUAUAUUAUAAAAACUUUUUAUAUAAUACAAAUGUUCAGACUAUACAUUUAUAUACAAAAAAAAAAAUUGUUAAUAUUAAUCAUAUUUUGUAAGAAGCCAAGUAUGAAAAUAUUGGGCGUUCAACUACAAAUAAAUAAUGCAUAACACAUA